GCCCACUCUUCUAGAGAGUGUCUGUGAUCACUGUCCACGACAGACAAGUCAGCCAUCCUCACAAGGAAGCGAAGAAGCACCGUGCAAAUAUAAUAGUUUGCGAAAGGUUGUGAAGAUGGAUCGUUUCAGUGGUAAAGAAACAUCGGCUAGGCAGCAGACACCUGCAAACAAGAUUUGAGUCGCGAGCAGUGUUAUAAUGUUCAGCGCAGUCAACACUAUGACUGAUGGGGACUAUGAUUACCUCAUCAAGCUCCUGGCUCUGGGGGACUCUGGAGUAGGGAAAACUACCUUUCUAUACAGAUACACGGACAACAAGUUCAACCCCAAGUUCAUCACCACAGUGGGAAUAGACUUCAGGGAAAAGAGAGUGGUGUACACAGCGUCGGGCCCCAAUGGAACCACAGGGAAGACCUUUAAAGUUCACCUCCAGCUCUGGGAUACAGCUGGACAGGAGAGGUUCAGGAGUCUGACCACAGCAUUCUUCAGAGAUGCCAUGGGCUUCCUGCUCAUGUUUGACCUCACCAGCCAGCAGAGCUUUCUCAACGUCCGCAACUGGAUGAGCCAGCUGCAGGCCAAUGCGUACUGUGAGAACCCAGACAUGGUGUUGGUGGGCAACAAGGCAGACCUGACGGACCAGAGAGAGGUGCAGGAGGAGCAGGCUAAGGAACUAGCCGACAAGUACGGGAUCCCGUACUUUGAGACGUCGGCAGCGACGGGGUCUGAGGUGGACAAGGCGGUCAUCACUCUGCUAGACCUGGUCAUGAAGAGGAUGGAGCAGUGUGUCGACAAGCCCACUGCCGAGCCCGCCAACGGGGAAGGAGCCACCAAGCUGGAGGACGCUGCGCCUGACCAGAAAAAAACUCCCCGAGUGGCGCAGCGUUCUGAGGCACUGCAUCUCAGCACUAGAGGCGUCAUUACAGACGCCCUGGUUCGAUUCCUGGACUGUAUCACAACCCGCCGUAAUCGGGAGGUCCCAUAGGGCGGCACACAAUUGGCCCAGCGUCGUCCGGGUUAGGGUUCGGCCGGGGGGGGUAGGCCGUCGUUGUAAAAUAACAAUUUGUUCUUAACUGACUUGUCUAGUUAAAUGAUAACUAAAAGGUCAAAUAAAGGUUAAAUAAAUAUAGUGCAUUACUAGUCAUACAGUAUGAAUAGGGUGCCAUUUGAGACAAGAGUCUGGCCUACCAAGAGAGUCUGGCCUACCAAGAGAGUCUGGCCUAUCAGAGGCCUAUGCUUUAUAGGACUUUAUAUCCCAAUGUUGUUUACAUGUGUAUGUCCAAUCUAAUCUACUGCCUUGGCUGUUAAGGCCCAUCCAUAUUACAGUACCAAUAUUACAGUAUAUUAAUAAAAACAUGUGACCAGUUGUUUAUAUAUGAUUUAUAUUUCGUUUUUUUAAUGUGUAUUUUAAAUAUAAGUUCUCAUUUUAGUUUUUUAGUUUUUUAAAAUUUAUUUUUAGUUUUAGAAUAAAUUAUGCUUCCACACAUUAAUUUAAAUGCCCAAAUAACAGUAGACAUUAACAGUGUCUAGCUAGACAAUAACAGUGUCUAGCUAGACAAUAACAGUGUCUAGCUAAACAUUAACAGUGUCUAGCUAGACAAUAACAGUGUCUAGCUAAACAUUAACAGUGUCUAGCUAGACAAUAACAGUGUCUAGCUAGACAAUAACAGUGUCUAGCUAAACAUUAACAGUGUCUAGCUAGACAAUAACAGUGUCUAGCUAAACAUUAACAGUGUCUAGCUAGACAAUAACAGUGUCUAGCUAAACAAUAACAGUGUCUAGCUAGACAAUAACAGUGUCUAGCUAAACAAUAACAGUGUCUAGCUAGACAAUAACAGUAGACAAUAACAGUGUCUAGCUAAACAUUAACAGUGUCUAGCUAGACAAUAACAGUGUCUAGCUAAACAUUAACAGUGUCUAGCUAGACAAUAACAGUGUCUAGCUAAACAAUAACAGUGUCUAGCUAAACAUUAACAGUGUCUAGCUAGACAAUAACAGUGUCUAGCUAAACAAUAACAGUGUCUAGCUAGACAAUAACAGUAGACAAUAACAGUGUCUAGCUAAACAAUAACAGUGUCUAGCUAGACAAUAACAGUGUCUAGCUAAACAAUAACAGUGUCUAGCUAAACAAUAACAGUGUCUAGCUAGACAAUAACAGUGUCUAGCUAAACAUUAACAGUGUCAAGAUAAAUGUGCAUAAAAUACAGUAACAACUUUAUCAUAUUGUAAUAUCAGUCAGGAAAAUAUAUUGCCAAAGCAGAAAAUCUAAUCUCUUGAUAACUGCUGUUGGCGUGUUUGUCUGUGUGCCAAAAUCACCUUCACAUUUUCCUGUAGUCCCGGGGCAGGAUUGUCUGUCUGUCUGUGGUUGUUACCAAGGGCCUUUGACAUUCCUAGCUACUAAUCUCAUGUGACAGACUUUAACAAUAAAUCUAGCUAGUUAGCUAGUGCACUCGA